AUGUUGAUACAACAUUCCAUUUUGACUCCAUUACUGACGACGAGUUCGACUUUAUUAAAUUCUAAUCAUAACACGAGACCCGAUUCGCUUCUUUUAAACAGAGAUGUUUCAAAUCAGAACAUAUUGAAUCCUAACAGAGAUUCCCUUUUACUCGCGAGAAACGAAACCGCCAUUUUAUUAAAUUCCGAUUCGCAAUUGCUUAAUGGCUCCGAUAGAAUGAUUAACGGUCAAAUAUCGUCCAAAAAUACAGGAUUGAGUAGUACAGGUUCGCUUCUUUCAUCCGGUAUCGGUGUUUUAAAUUCUAAUAUCGGUAAUUCCGUUUUAUUAAGUCAACCGACUCAACCUUCUUCACCAACCCUAACAACACCUCCGAGUAACGUAAGACCCACCGGAUCAUCCGUUCCUCAUUAUCGCGUCGAUGCUGAUAAAGGAUUUAAUUUUUCAAAUGCUGACGAUGCUUUUGUAUGUCAAAAGAAAAAUCAUUUUCAGAUAACAUGUCACAGUCAAUUGUUGGGAGAUGCACAAUUUGUCAAAACUCCCGAAGGUUUGAAAAAAAUUUCAAGUUUUUACCUUCAUUUUUACGGAGUCAAAGUUGAAUCUCCAACACAAACGAUAAAAGUCGAACAAUCGCAAAGUGAUCGUAGUAAAAAACCCUUUCAUCCCGUUCUUGUCGAACUUCAAACCGAACAAGUGACAAAAGUCACCGUUGGAAGAUUACAUUUUUCUGAAACGACAUCAAAUAACAUGAGAAAAAAGGGAAAACCAAAUCCGGAUCAACGAUAUUUUUAUUUAGUCGUAGGCCUUCACGCUCAUACAAUCGACAACAAUUAUCCAAUCGUAUCUCAUGCUUCCGAAAGGAUCAUAGUACGAGCUUCGAAUCCCGGUCAAUUUGAAUCCGAUGUUGAAUUAUGUUGGCAAAAGGGUCACACUUCGGAGUCCAUAUAUCACGCUGGAAAAGUUGGAAUAAAUACAGACAGACCGGAUGAAUCAUUAGUAGUUCACGGAAAUUUAAAAGUUACUGGACACAUAGUACAACCGAGUGAUUUAAGAGCUAAAUUACAAGUCGAAGAGUGCAAUACGAGAGAGCAAUUGAAAAACAUUGAACAAAUAAGAGUGGUUAAAUAUAGAUACGCGACAGGUUUUGCUGAAGAAGUUGGUAUCAAAGAAGAUACCGGAGUCAUUGCUCAAGAAAUUCAAGGGAUUUUACCGGAUGCCGUUCAAAAAGGUGGUGACGUCAUUUUACCCAACGGCGAAGUGAUUGAAAAUUUUUUGGUUGUCAAUAAGGAAAGAAUAUUUAUGGAAAAUGUCGGAGCCGUGAAAGAAUUAUGUAGAGUGACGGAUCAUUUGGGUAAAAGAAUCGAAAGAGUUGAAAAAAUGAACAGGAAAUUGGCUAAAUUGAAAAAUUCCGAGAGUUUUAAAUCGAAUUCGAGCAUUUCAACAGUUUCUAGCAAGAUGACGCCUCCGUUUAAAUCAUCGAGUAAAAAUCAAGUGAAUAAUAAAAAGGAUAAAAUAAUGUUAUUUUCCAAUCCAAAAUAUUGCACCAACAAAGUCAUCCAAAUAGCGAUUGCUUGCAUUGUUAUCAUGUUGGCUUUGUGUUUGAUUGCCAUGGCUACUUUAUACUUUUUAGAAAUACAAAAAAGAAAUGACAUUAUCAAGAACGAAUUUGGUGGUCACAGGCAAUCACACAUAACGAGUUAUAACAAACUACAAGAUGGUAAUAAAACAUUUCAUCAAAUUGCUAAAAAUUAUUAUAACAAAGAUAAAAAUGUCGUAACAUCUCAACUGACGUCGUUUCAAAGUUAUGUUAAAGACAUUCCUCAUCAACGAAAAGCAACAGCCCUAGAAGCAGAUUCUUCAUCAUAUUUAUCAUCGAUUAAAAAUUAUAGGGUUUUGGGUAAACCACCAGAAUGUGGUAAUUCAAGUCCUACAAAUUAUUAUAACGAUGGAAGUUUUUCACCCUGUCAAGUGUACUGUUGUCUUUUGGAUAAUACUCAUUCAAGCGAAGAAAAAGUUGAAAUAUCCGAUUCUGCUAAAAUCACACAAGAAAAUCCAUUGGGAGACAAUUCUCAAUUUUUUUUACAAUCGAAUAAAAAUAAUGACGUUGAAAAUUCACAUGGGAUUGAAACUCCUUUGAUCGAUCAAAAGAAAAAAAUUAAUUACAAUAAAGAAACAGCAUCCAGAUCAAAACAUUUUAAAAAAGUUCUCAAAAGAAAUGAAAAAAUAAUUGAUGAUGGUUUACUAAGGCGAAAAAGAACUCCGGAUGAAUUAAACGAUGAAAAUGGCGAAGUGUAUUUGCUUAACGAUGGCUGGUAUUCGAAUGGUAAUAGUAACAAUAAUGAAGUUUCAGUGAGAAUCCUUGCACAAAAUAUUAACGAAAGUCUUGGACCUGAAUUUUGCACUUUUUCCAGUAACGAUUACACACAUUGCGUUGAUAGAAAUGCUGUAAAUUCAAGUUAUCACAUACGUUUGAGUAAAUACAUGCCUGAUAAUUACAUAGCAGUUCAAUUUCAAUUAAAACAAGAUUUAGUAGUGAAACUCUGCGAUAAAAUAAUGCCUUCGAGUGAUUUUUUGUGCCAUAAAAAAUCCUUUAAUUUUCCAAAUUUAAUAGAUGGAAAUAAUGUUUUUUAUAUUGAUAUAGCUAAUCAAUGGGCCAUUAUUGUUAAAUACAGAGUAAUCACGAAAGAAACAUUUGAAAAUAUCGAUCCAUGCAACCUUAAAGAAGGCCUUGGUUCGUUGUACCUGGAAUACAAUAUACAUUUUUACAGAGACUGUGAUGAAUAA